UCCAGCGGAGCGCCCCGGCGUAGCGGGAAGUAGCGGUCCGGCGUAGCGGAGAGUUAGCGGCGGCGGCGGCGGAGGUAAACAAGGCGGCGUGAGGCAGAGCGAGUGUCAAACAUGGCCGACGUGCAGGACGAGGACCAGUGGCUCUACGGCGACGAAAAGGACGAGUCCAAAGAGGACGGCGAGAUAAACGAGAGAACGGGGGAGGAGGCUGAGAGAUCGGGGCAGGAAAAUGAUCAAGAUAAGGAAACCCCAAUGGAAGAGGGAGGAGGGAAGGAUAGUGAAGAGAAAGAUGGAGAAGACAAAGAUGGCGAUAAAGAUAAAGAAGGUGACAAGGAAGAUGGUGAGAAAGGAGAUGAUGAUGACAGCAGUGAUGAUGAUGACCUGACAGUGACCAUUGGCACGAUCAAGACCCAGCCAGACAUUAUUCAGGCGGCUCCGCAUGGCGCAAGGUUCCAGCCUAAGGCUGCUCCAACCACAGGUCUGAAGGAUGACGAUUUCACAUCGCCAGGAAAAGUGAAUGGCGUUCCAGUGACAGAGUUUAAUCUUGACGACUUGGAAGAUAAACCUUGGAGAAAGCCUGGUGCUGACAUCUCGGAUUACUUCAACUACGGUUUCAAUGAAGAGACGUGGUUCAAAUACUGCGAAAGACAGAAGAGAAUGCGGAUCCAGGAAUCGGGUGCUGGCUUGACAGGUCUUGGCAUCAGUGUGACUAAGCCUUUUGGUAACACUCCCAGCAGUAUCCCAGUAGCCAUUGUAAAUGAUAACAGCAAAUAUGGAGGUUCGGGCUCCCAGCGGCCAAAAGCAGGCCCACCUCCACGCAACAAGGGCAUGGGCCAGAUUGACGUCAUUGGGGGUGCUUCAAACCCUAAGACCAGCACGAUACAGGUCAUGACGGCUGAUAGACGAGAAUACUCUAACAAGGUAAUGAUGAAUGGGCCGCCUCCGCCAAUACCUCCGUCACAACCAGGAUACAACGAUAUGGAAUUUGGAGGGAACCCAUACGGCGACACCUACUACGGCAAUGAGGGCAACAACUUCUACGGAGGGGGCUCCUAUGACAACCCCUCUGGAUGGGGCUCAGGGGGGCAGCCUCCCAUGGGUGGCCAGGGCAACUGGGAGGGCCAAGGGGGAGGAGGAGGAGCACCGCCAAAUGUGCUGCCAGUGUCGGGCGGCGGAGGGUACUUCGAUGAGGACUCUGUGGGGGCGCCUCCCCCAUCUGCAGAACCGGAGGAGGAGAGACACCGACCCCGAAGAAGUCACAGAUCACGCAGCCGUUCCCCAAGUCGACACAGACACUCGAGCAGACACCCUAGAUCACGUUCCAGAUCACCUUCCCAUCGACACAAGAGAAAGAAGUCGAAGAGAGAACGCGAUGCUGAUUAGAGAGAAGGAAAUAUUUGUGUCUAGUACAAACAGCUUAUGUCUGUUGAAUUCUCGGGUCUAUAUUUAUAUGGCAUCCUGUAUCCAUGCAUCAUCGGUAUACAUGCAUUGAUAAGAAUUGAAAACUUUUUUUUCACCCUUUUUUAACUUAAUGUUGGUUAGGAAAUGGACUGUAACUAGAAAUAUAAUGAAGAAUAGCAUACCUUUGAUUACAUUAACUACAUAUGCGUUAUAUAAGCCUUUAAUUUUGUGAAAAUAGAAAUCAUACAUUUUCAA